UUGUCCUGUACGUCGUGUCAGACUGCGCCUGCGCGAGGACGACGUAGAAGCGUAGGAUGUAGCACAGUACGUGGCUAGCGGGGCUACCUGUUACAGUGGGACGUCUGAAAAUACAACCGCUUUGGCAUAAAAAUUCGGUUUCACUGCGAGUCCGAGGUGUGAUUCGAUUCCCAGAGAAGAUAAUUCGGACAGAUGUGAUGCAUCCGCAGGACGUGAGGAGCUGAAUGGAAACUUUAAAGGUCUUUUGUGACUGAGGAGGCUGUGGCUCCCAGUGAUGUACUAUGGGGUACGACGUUACGAGGUUUCAAGGGGAGGUGGAUGAGGACCUGCUGUGCCCUAUAUGUAGUGGAGUGUUAGAAGAACCGGUACAGGCCCCCCACUGCGAGCAUGCUUUCUGCAAUGCCUGUAUAACGCAGUGGUUUGCCCAGCAGCAGAUUUGCCCCGUUGACCGGACGGUGGUGACGUUGGCCCACCUCAGACCCGUGCCCCGCAUCAUGCGCAACAUGCUGUCCAAACUCCAAAUCAGCUGCGACAACGCCAGCUUCGGCUGCACGGCCACGCUGCGACUGGACCAGCUGCAGUCGCACCUGAAGGACUGUGAGCACAACCCCAAACGGCCGGUCAACUGUGAGGAGGGAUGUGGGCUGGAGAUGCCCAAGGACGAGCUGCCCAACCACAACUGCAUCAAACACCUGAGGAGUGUUGUCCAGCAGCAGCAGACCAAGGUCUCCGACCUGGAGAAAACUGUGGCCGAACAUAAACACCAGUUGGGAGAACAAAAACGAGACAUUCAGCUGCUGAAGGCGUACAUGAGAGCCAUCCGCAGCGCUAACCCCAACCUACAGAACCUGGAGGAGAGCAUCGAGUACAACGAGAUUUUAGAGUAAGUGCGAU